AUGGCCAUCCCAGUCAAACCCUCCUCGGCUUCAGAUCCGUCCGAAACGAGUCCUCUGCUGAACCAUCACGGUGAUGUUGAUGAGAAUGCUGUGUCCCACGCCAACAGCUACACCGUCGACCCGGAGAACCAUCAACCUCCAUCCACCGCUGCAGAUGCAGAUGGCGACGACAAUGACACCGGCGUCAACGAGGUCGUCGCGGUCGCAGAGGAACUGAGCAGGGAGAGACUCGUGGCUAUCAUGGCCGCGACGUGGAUUGGUAUCUUCUUCGCCGCUUUGGACACAACCAUCGUCGCAACCCUCACCGGCCCGAUCUCAUCAAGUUUCAACUCCCUCAGCCUCCUAUCGUGGCUCGCGACCGGCUACCUGAUCGCCAAUGCCGCAUGCCAACCGCUGUCCGGGAAACUGACCGACAUCUUCUCGCGCCGGACAGGCCUGAUCUUCAGCAACAUCUUCUUCGCCGCGGGCACGCUGAUGUGCGGCUUGGCCCCGACCGCGGGCGUCAUGAUCGCCGGACGCGUCGUGGCCGGCGUCGGCGGCGGCGGGCUGACCUGCAUCUCGACCUUCGUGACGUCCGACCUGAUCCCGCUGCGCAGGCGAGGUCUAUGGCAAGGCUACGGCAAUCUCGUCUACGGGCUGGGGAUGGGGUCCGGGGGUGUGGUCGGCGGCGCCUUGGCCGACUCGUUGUCCUGGCGCUGGGCGUUUCUGAUGCAGAUCCCGUUCAUUGUCGUGUCGACUGUCAUGGUGUGGUUUCUGUUGGAUAUGCCAGUUUCUGUUCUUUCUGGGCAUUCUGAUGUUAACACCAACAACAAUCACAACUCUAACACCAACGACUCUAACAGCCCCAACGACACCAAAAACUCGGCCCUCCGCCGCAUCGAUUUCUCCGGCUCCGCCCUCCUCGUCAUCUCCUUGGUCCUACUUCUUCUCGGCCUCAACAGCGGCGGCAAUCAACUGCCCUGGUCGCACCCGCUGAUCAUAGCUUCUCUGGUGCUUGCUGGCGUCACGCUUCUCGGCUUCAUCUAUCUCGAAUCCCAGGCCGAAUUAAACUCGAAUCCAAAUUCCACUUCGACUCCGGCGUCCCGCCGUCGUCGUCACCGCGAACCAAUCCUCCCCGUCCUCCUGAUCGCACGCACCCGCACCGUUCUCUCCGCCUGCCUCACGAACUGGUUCAGCACCAUGAGCGCCUUCCUAGCACUGUACUACGUGCCACUGUACCUGCAAGUGCGCGGCUUCAGCGCCACGGCCGCCGGCCUGCGCGUCAUCCCCUUCGCCGUCGCCACGUCCGUCGGCAGUCUGGGCUCGGGCUACCUGAUGCGCCUCACGGGCCGCUACUACUGGCAGCUGGUUGCGGUGAUGGGCGUGUACGUCCUCGGCGCCGCCCUGCUGUGCACGUUCCAGCUCGACUCUGCCGGCUGGCAGACCUACCUGUACGUCACGCCGCUGGGCAUGGCGUACGGGAGCAUGUUGACCAUCACGCUGGUCGCCAUGAUCUCCGCCGUCGACCAUGCGCACCAGGCCGUCAUUACCGCCGCGAGCUAUGCGUUCCGUUCGACCGGCUCGACCAUCGGCAUCACCGUGGCGAGUGCCGUGUUUCAGAACAUCCUGACCAAAGAGCUGGUCGGUCAGUAUGGGGAUAUGCCCGACAGUCGGGGCGAGAUCCGCAGAAUCAGAAACAGUCUGGAUGAACUCGGUCGGUUGCCGCUCGGUUGGGACAGGGCCGUCGUCUUGGAUAUCUACAUGGAUGCACUGAGGGGCGCGUUUGUUGCAGGGUUGGGACUGGCCGUGUUGGCUGCUCUUGCUGCGCUGGCUAUGAAGGAGCAUGUUCUACAUCACAAUCUCGCUAGGAAAUAG